AGAACAUUUCGAGAGAUUAUGUUCCUGCAGAUGUUGCACAUUAUAAAAUGUUGGAAUAUUAUGAAGUGUUUACUGUGUCCAUGGCUGCACAGAAGUGGGAAAUAAAAGCUGUUAAAGCUGGGGAUGAACUUAAUGAUCCCAUGAAGAUUACCAGUCUGCAAAAAGUGUGAGGAUGGACUUCACCUGCAGUGUGAUACCUGCGUUCAGGUAUCUCUGUGCGCUGUCUGAUCUCCAUGCGGUCAGUUCCUCAGUGCUGCAGCCUGAAUUUGGAGAACAUCCAAAUAUCAUCAAGCUGCUCGAUGUUAUCCAAGCAGAGAAUGACAAAGACAUCUAUCUCAUCUUUGAGUCCAUGGAGACAGAUUUACAUGCCGUGAUUAAGAAGGGGAAUUUGCUGAAAGACAUCCACAAGUGUUACAUUCUCUACCAACUCCUGAAGGCAACUAAAUUCAUCCACUCAGGGAAUGUUAUUCACAGGGAUCAGAAGCCUUCCAAUGUCCUGCUGGAUGCACAGUGCUGUGUGAAGCUGUGUGACUUUGGCCUGGCCCGUUCCCUGUGCCAGCUGAGCGAGGACCAGCCCAGCCUUGCACUCACCGAGUACGUGGCCACGCGCUGGUACCGAGCCCCUGAGAUCCUGCUGGCCUCUCGCAAUUACACUAAGGGUGUAGACAUGUGGAGCAUUGGCUGUAUUCUCGGAGAGAUGCUGCUUGGAAAGCCACUUUUUCCUGGAACAUCAACAAUGAAUCAAAUAGAGCAGAUCCUGAGGGUCAUCCCUGCUCCAUCCCCAGAAGAUAUUUUGGCUCUGCAGUCAGAGUACAAGGCCUCAGUUAUUAGCCACAUGAGUUCCCGGCAGCGAGUAGCAUUUGAGGAGAUUUUCCCAUCCUCUACUCCACUGCCUGCCUUGGAUCUGCUGAAGAAACUUCUGGUAUUUAACCCCGACAAACGGCUCACAGCAGAGGAGGCUCUGCAGCAUCCUUAUGUGAGAAGAUUCCACUGUCCUUCCAAGGAGCCCUCUUUGGAUUUUGAUGUGAUCCUUCCUUUGGGUGAUGAUGUCCAACUGUCUGUGGCAGAAUAUAGAAAUAAAUUAUAUGAGAUGAUCCUUGAAAAUAAGUCAAAGAGCCUUCCAAAGGAGCAAGGGUGGAGAGAAAACAUUCAGCUGAGACAGUCUGAAUCCACACUCCUCCCAGGUUUCAGCUCGGUGACUGUACCCAUCAGGAAAGUCCAGCAAGAACCAACACCCCCUCUUCUAAACCCUUCACAUGUGCACACUGGAGCCACAGCUGGGGACCAGCCAAAAGUACCUAGCCAGAGCAAGGAUUUGGCCGGAACUGUAUGUCAGAGAUCACAGAUUAGUGUGAUGAUGUACAACCCCAUCACACACACCACUGUGCAAAGAAAUGCAAAUCCUGGUGUUGGGAUCAGGAACUGUUCUGCACCACCUCAACAGUCCAGAAUCUCCAACAAUGAAAAACUAGGGAGACAAACCACAUGGAUAAACACUCAGCUCUCUCCUACAAGUGUGCAGAACCUUUACAAUAAUCCUAGAAACUCUCAGUGUCGCAGUAAAGAUGUUCGUCCCCUUCUGAAGCCCAGUAAAAAGAUGUUCCAGAUCACUGCAAACAUGGGAGCUGUGGGUGAUCCAAAGGCAUCCAUGGGCAGCUAUUCCCAAGCCUAUGGAACCAUCAGUAAAUCUGCGCUGCAGAGUCUUCCAAUAGCAAAGGCCUCCAAAAAUCCUGAGCAGUGACUGUGGAGAUGUUCCAGACAGGUGAAGUACAGCUCAUCCUUCAGCUCCUGACUAAGCAAGGGCAGCAGGGGAGAGCAAAAUAUGAGGAAAUGCUUUAUUCAUUGCUUAGGACAACGUCCUUCUUUCCUCUGGACAAGCUAAUAGGAAAGGGAAUCCAACCCCUCUGCCUUCAGUCUCAGCAGUCAAGGACACAGUGUGUUUGCUCUCACACCCUGAGAACAGUGAAUGCUGUCGGUUCGUAUUCCUCGUUUGAAUUACUGCAAAAAAUCACAGAAAACUGCA